CCGCCUUCGCCCGCUUCCGGUUGUCGUCGUCGCCGCUGCUGCCGCUGCUGCUGCUGCUGCUGCUGCUGCUGCUGAAGCUGCAGGCGGAGGCCGGAGGAUCGGGCGGCGGCGGCGGCGGCGGCUGAGAGGGCGGCGGCGGGAGCGAAGCGGGACGAAGGAGCUAGAGGAAGCCUGAGAGGAACGAGCGGAGCGCGCUCAGCUCCGCCUGCUGUCCCGCGCGCCUGAGGAUCCCGGAGUAGCCCGGGCCCCCAGCCGCCGCCGCCGCCGCCGCCGCCCCCCGCUUGCCUGCUCUCCUGCCUGCCCGCCGGACAAAGCCCGAGAGCCCGCGCCCAGAGCCAUGUCCUCGUCCGCCGGCAGCGGCCACCAGCCCAGCCAGAGCCGCGCCAUCCCCACCCGCACGGUUCCCAUCAGCGACGCCGCGCAGCUACCUCAUGACUAUUGCACCACGCCUGGGGGGACGCUCUUCUCCACCACACCGGGAGGAACCCGAAUCAUUUAUGAUCGGAAGUUCCUGUUGGAUCGUCGCAAUUCUCCCAUGGCUCAGACGCCACCCUGCCGUCUACCCAACAUCCCAGGAGUCACCAGCCCCGGCACCUUAAUCGAAGACUCCAAAGUAGAAGUAAACAAUUUGAACAACUUGAACAAUCAUGAUAGGAAGCAUGCAGUUGGAGAUGAUGCUCAGUUUGAGAUGGACAUCUAACUGUCCUGCAAGGAUCAGAAGAACAGCAGCAACACUGAUACCUGUGUAAACCUGAUGUGGCCCGUAGGAUCAACAACGAAAACACAGAGGAGGCGGUACCAGCGGUGCCCGUUGCAGUCUCCACCUCCUCUUCCUCUGGGUGCCAAAUGAUGCGAAGAUGAGCUUCAUCUGACCAUUUCCUCUCCCUGUUUCCUGUUCCCCUUCCCCAUUAGAUUAGAUGGAAGGCCCAUGGCAUGUUUAUGUAGAACUAAGCAGUCCACAAAGGAAAAGAGUUGAAUUCUGACUUCCCUAAGUCAUUUUCAUAUUGAGAAAUACACCACCCACCCCCCCAAAUUUUUUUAAUCCCAAAUCAAAUACCAACCUAUCAACAAAUGCCAGCAGGGAAGUCUGGGUUCAGCAUUGUUUGUGUUCUUACCCUGUGUCUCUCCUCCUUGUCUCCAGCCCACGGUUCAGUGCUACAAGAGUCUGGGUUUGGGGUCUUCAAAACAAGAGGGGGAAAAACAAGAAGAGAGAUACUGUCCCUCUUACCCUGAGGUGUUUGUCCUUGGGGCCAGCACAGGUUGAGCAGCUCUUGGUAGUACUACCCCGUGACUCUGUUCGGAGCUCUGCUUCCCCUCCACCUUCUGUCUUUGGUGUUACAGUUCAUCUUCCCACUCCUUUCCUUAGCACAGGUGUGCAAAAAAUUCUAAGCCCUCUGCAUGAGAAGGGGGUUGUCGAUAACCAGCUAUUCUUUCCUCUCCUUUCAUUCCCCCCUGCUUACAUCAUGUUGCUUGCCGUCCUGGUGUGCUCUGAGCAUCCAGGUGAUUUCACUGCUCCCAGAGCAGGUCCAUACCAAGUGACAGGCAUUUUGGAUAAGGCCUGAUCAAGUAUCCUGAAGAUGAUACUUAAAAAUGAUUUUGGAAGAGCAUUGACUCAUUUAAAUGACUAGUCUCAGUGGUCAUUUUUCAAUCCAAUGACUAUUGUAAUGCUUAUCUCAGGUUGUAGUUUUUUCUAUUUUGAGUUUAGGAAAGAACUAACCUUUUUUCCUUUGUGGACCUACUUUAUUUGGCUGCUGAAGUAGAUAAGCAUGGGCUUCAAAAUGUGUUCCUCCCCGUUUUCUUGCCUUUCCCAUUGUACUCCGAAUUUUUCCUUUCUUUUCCUUCCUCCCUGCCUCCUUCCCUUCCUCUUCUUUCCUUCCCCUUUCUCUGCCAGCCAUUUUUCAAAUACACAUCAAAGAUACCUCACAUGUUGGUAUCUGAUAAUAUCUGUCACUUCUCUUAUCUGAGGAGUGACGUUUUAUUUUUUAAGAUGACUACAGACCUAUUUUUAGAUAUGUUUUCAGUACAGUUUUGAACAGCAACUUUUUAAUCACAUCUUCCAGUGUCAGGAAGGUGAGGAAUGUCUGUAGGCGAGUCUGCUGUCCCCUUUGACCAGCCUUUGUCUCCUGCAGCUCUCUCCUCCCUCUAGUUUUGGGUGUGCAUGUUUGGCAUUUGUAGUGUGUGGCUUGUACAGCUGGACCAUUCUGCUUUGUCGUGGGUUGUACAUGAACACCUCCUUCUUGUCCCUUACCCUGCGCUCUGUCAUUCCCCCUCCCUGGCCGCUCCCCUGACUAUGGACUGGCACAGUAAUCCUGGGAGAGUGACUCCCCGCUCAGAAAGACUAAUGCCUCUGUCCCCUCAUAGAAAGACAAGUAGCCUGGCAAUUCCUAUUUGGAUUCAAUGCCCUGAACCCUCGUAUUAAGAGAUCACAACCCAGGGUGAGGGUAGUAGGCCAACUGGCUAAGAAAGAAAGCUGUUUUUCUUUUGAACUCUGAAAAGAUUCUGUUUGCAAAUACAUUUUAGAUGAGAGAGAGGGUGUGAGAGGGACUUUGUUCUGUUUUCUGCUAUGAAAUGUGAAUAGUUCAGAGUAAGACCUUUUGUGAUGGUUGAUGUCUCUCAGGAAUAAGCUGGACCUCCAAAGUUUUGGAGAUGCUUUCAGUCUCAAAAAUUAAUGAUCAGAAAAGUACGUUAUGUCUAUUUGUUUACUGUAUUCCUAUUCUGAUUAUUAUUAAACUCCAAAUUUGGCUUUACAUUCUCUUGGAAAAUCUCAAAUGGCACUAUAUUUUGCAUAAGAAGCUUGCUCAGGACCUCUUUGUCCCCUGGGAGCAUGAUCCUGUGGGAAUGGAGCUUUUUAUUCCCCACCCCCUAGCCUUGGCGUCCUGUGGAGUCUGGCUCCUGCAGCCAGUGGGUCUGUCAGUGAGCCAGGAGAGCAUCCCCUUCCUGAUCUUCAUCGUUGCGCACGAAAAUUCAGCUCCCUCACCAAACAGUGGGGAGUGGAAUUAAAACAUGACAGCAUGAGUAGUAUUAAGACACCAUUUUUUUUUAUUUUUUCUUUUUUGGCCAUCUUGAGCAAGCUACACAUGGCCGCCUAAUCAGAAGCUACGUUUCUAGGGCUCUUGGGAGUGUCGGCUGCAUGGUACAGCAGCAGCCCAGCCCCUUCGCCUUCCGUGCAAGGGCUUCCUUCUUGCUCAGUGCGCUUCCUGGAGGCCGUUUCUGCCCGAGAUACUUUGACUUCAUAUGUUGAUGUUUUAAAGAUGAUUUCACAAGGCAAAAGAUAAACUUUCAGCAGAUGACACCUUUGGCCAUGCCUCAGAAUUGUUUCCAGGGCAAGCCAGAAUCCAGUAGGUGGUUUACUUCUGGAUGUUUGGAAGGAAAUUGAGAUAAAGCCCAAAAUGAGUUGUCUAUCCUGGCUUUUUCUUGGGGAGGAAACACCCUUAGGGUACCAUUUGAGUGAGAUGGUUCUUAAAAUCUUAGCGUUUUUUUUUUUGUUUUUUUUUUAAUGAGGAAACCAUGUUUCUGUAUUUCUGGGGACAGUACAUCUUCAGCUAAAUGACAUCUUCCUCUAAAUUCCAGCAGGCGACAUGCAUUGUCAUGGUUCUGCCUUCUUUAUAGUGUGGCUUCCUGAGCUCACCACUUCCUCGUUCUGAUUAAAAAGCUACCACAUUCUCAAGGGCACAGUUGUAGGGAAACUGGCUUGUAGGUAUUAGGCUUCCAAGCCUAGAGUUUUGCCCUUCUGCCUCUGUUAUCUAUUGCUGUGUACCUACCCCCGACCUUACAAUCUCAAAGGAACAAAUAUCAUCUCUCAGUUUCUAUAGGUUAGGAAUGCAGAAGCAGCUUAGCGUUGUGGUUCUGGCACUGCAGUCUCAAAGUUGCAGUCAAGAUAUUGUCAGGGUCUGCAGUCAGUCCCUUUCUAAGCUCGUGGUUGUUGGCAGGAUGCCUCAGUUUCUCCCCAUGUGGGUCUCUGUAGGGCAUUGUGCGUGUUCACACACCAUGGCCGCUGGCUUCCCCUGAGUGAGUGAUCUGGGGGGAGGGAGGAUGAGGGGGAAUUUGCAGUGCCUUUUAUUGACAUUCUGAAAGUACACACCUUUACUUCCUUAUUUUAUUCCUAAGAAGCAAACCACUAAGCCCAGCCUGCACUCAAGGGCGGAAUUAGGCCCCACCUACUGAAUGGAGCAUAUCAGAGAAUUUGUGGAUACCGCUUCAUCCCUAACAGGAUGAAACCAAGCCAAUGGCAGUAGGGGUUAGGUUUAAACUAGAUGAUAUGUUGAGAGAGACAUUGCUACUGGAAACAGUUCUCGAAGGUGUGUGUCACCAAACUGGGAUAGAAGAUAGACUUUCUUUCCUGAAAGCUCCCUGCUGAUUUUGAGAGGAGUGGCUGGAUAUGGCAGUUCCCAGAACAUAAUACCUGUACACUUGCCUGACUACCAGCAGCCCGUAGAUGCUGCUUUGUAAGUUCUAGGCUUGGUGUCUCUAAGACUCGAUACCACUUACAUGCUCUCACUCCUGGCCAGGAAUUGACAAAGGGAAGUGGAUCCUUGUAGCCGAUCCACUAAAGCUGACCUAAUCGGAGUCAGGGUUGCCCAGCAAAGGGCGCAAACCCGAAUUAGAUGUUGAGUUGCUGAGCUGAAGGGAGGCUGUACAGGAACGCAUCUUGAGUGGAUUUACACUCUGCCUCUUAGCAGCACUUUCUUGUCUGUAGCCCUGUUUUCUGCAGAGUUCAGAUUCAGGGUGGAAGAGAUGGGAGCGUCUAGACCAGAUCCACCAGAGUUGAUGCCUGACACCUGUUCUUCAGCUACCCCAGCCGAAACCGUCUUGGGUCAGGUUUCACCCGAGAAGCUACUUGUCAAAGUAGGGAACAUCUGGGAAUUAGGAAUGGCUGUGCUUCAUGGUUCCUUUAAGUCCAGUGCACAGGUUAACUCUGGGCUUCCUGGUGGAAGUGGGUUUUCAAAAAACCGGUCUUGUCUUCACCCCUGAGAGAAACUUAGGGGUGAGGCUCGUCAGUUCGGCACAUACAUUCUCAGUGACUGCUGUGUGGCUGGGCUCCCACACCCGCCAAGUCUUUAGAGAGUUCCGACAUCUCAAAUAUGUAGGCUCUUGUGUGGAUUUACACUCUGCUGCUCACCAGCACUUCCUUGUCUGUAGCCCUGCUUGCUUGAGAGUAGGCUUGAAUGAAAGCAUCGCUACUGAGGCAGCUGUGAGUAAAAAGCUAUCUCUUCCAGAAGUAAGGAACUCAUCUUUAAAGCACCUUCAAAUGAAUCUUGCUUUCCUCCUGAUUUUAAAGUGGAGUCAACAUAGACAGUGAUUUAUUUUUGCCGUUUGAGUUCCCAGCUCUUUGGGAUUGUUAGUACUGACCUUCCCAGUUCAGACAUUUCCAUUUCAGUGCAGCCUGCUAAACUGCGUAGGUGUCGCCCCCAGAGCCCAGCACUCAGCCAGUGUGUAUUGAGCGCCUGCUUUGACUCAAGACCACUGGUGUAAGGGCUCGUAUUGACAGCAAUAUCCCAGAAAUUGCACCUUUUUCCCUUCUCCCAUCUUGGAUCCUCAGUGGGGCAUUGAGCGUCUUGGCUGCUGAAGCCCAAGCCCUCAGCCCGUUGCAGUUUCCUUCAAAGAGGAGGCCCAGUGCCUUUAUGUGAGUCAGAGCUUUCCCUUGGCAUGUUUCUGGCCUACAUGCAUACAGGCAGCUAUUUAUUAAUCUGCGAAACCCAAUCACCCACCCAUGGCCUCUGGCAUGGGGCACUAGUUGUUUUGUUUUAAAGAAGCGUUGUUUCUUUGGGAGGGCAGUUUCUGUCUGUGCUUGGGCAGGGGACAUGGUUACCACACAUACGCCCCUGCCCCCGGGCCUGUCCCCCCAUCCCUCUCAGCUUUUAAUGGAAGAAGUCCUAGUUUGACGCAUUGGCUCUCAGUCCUUUAGAAUGCUUGGACCCUGGGGGCGUUUCCUGAUCUAGUAAGGGCUUUCCAGUUUAGUAUUGGAGUUUCCAUGGGGCUAGGUUGCAAAAAUUUUUACUGAAGACUAAAGAUGAUGGAUGUGUAUUUUUUCAAACAAUCAUUUACGUCACCUUUCUCAUGCUCUAGAAUUCUAUUUACAUUUCUUUGGGUUAUUCCUGGCAGUUGAUACAUUUUGGCAAAGCUUAGAUUCAGAAGUCUUACAAGGCCCUCUUCGGAUGGUCGGUGGUUUCUCUCUGCUUAACCUCUGCGUGCGGCCUAGCAGACCACACUGUGUGGACGCCUGAUGGGAAAGACUAUCGUGACGAAGACACAUUCUGGGGUACUUAAACCCCAACCCUGCCACCUUUCUAUCAGCAAGAGGUGCUGCAGAAUCAUUUGGCUACGUUGAAAUUUGCAAAGGGAGCUCUUGUCGGUUCUUAAAACCAGAAUUCUUAAAUCCUUCAAACUUAGAGAAUUCCAUGAAUCUAGCACAGAAUAUCCAUUUUUGCCCCAUUAUAAUCCUGUUCAUCUUAAUCGUAAGAGGGGCGGGGAGCAAAAACCAAGUCCCGGCCAAGGGUAAUUUUCCCUUGGAACUGGGAGAGCAGGGAGGAACCCUGCAGAGACGAGGGGUGCGCUGUGCAGGGAGCCGGCACCAUGCCUGCGCCUGAGGGUGGAGGGGUGGGGCCCAUCUCUUCCCACCGCGGUGAGGAGACCCUGCUACCCAAGGGUAAACCUUAGAGAACGUGGCUUGGAGGGCCUGGUGGACAUACAUAUUCAGAUGUCCAUUUUAAUCAUCUUUAAAAUGUUUUAUAUGUUAAAAAAUGCCCUUCCCAGUCUUAGUGACACCAGUGGCCCAGCUCCAGCCCCAGCCGUUCUGUUCUGAAUGGAAAAGCGGAGACCGCCAGUUCCUGCAUCUUCCCUCCGUCCCGAUCCCUCCUGUCCGCUUCCCUGCCCUGGACGGUGGCAGAGGGCACCCGUGGCAGAGGGCACCGUGCAGCCCUGAGGCAGUCCUGUGUGAUUCUGUGAUCAGUUGUUUUGGGGGUUUUGUUUGUUUCGUUUUUGUCUAACUGUCCUUCCAAACCAGCAGGUGUUUGGAAAAUUAGGGGAAAAAAUAAAUUCUCACCAAUGGUUGCUGUUACAGUUAAAUCAAUAAAGAUCUUGAAUAUUAA